GGCCAUGGAGACCCACCGACUCGGAGCUGCUGCAACAGCCAGGAGGAUCCCUCCCUCGCCCGGACACUUGGGCACAGGGCAUCCAGCAAACCUCCACGUCGGGAAAUUCCUUCCAACGGUCAUGAACCUCCAUCCACAUCACAUUGAUGCCUUCCCAGCAGCCUCCAGUCCCUUCCUGCCGGGCUAUUCCGGCCCCUCCCCCCUAACCUCUGACCCAGCCUACAGAUCACCCAAUCAGAUGGCUCAGCUCUGGGCCUCACACGCUGCCGCCCACGAAGGCUACGCCCCUCUCCCAGGCGGUCUGUACCCCAACCCCUACCACCUCCCCCUGGGUAACCUGGAGCCUCCUCCCCCCUCGCUGGGCUUGGCUCAGCACCACCACCUCUACAACGCACCACACCAAGAGAGGUUCUUCCUGCCGGUGUCGUUACCCCAGCCGCCUCUCCAACCCUUCUCCGUCCCCCCCAGUUCCACCCCCCAGAGUAGCUCCCGGGAGGGGGGCAGGGACCGAGACAGACUCUACCGUGAGGAGAGGGAGGAGCCUCAGGAGGGGGGCAGGGACCGAGACAGACUCUACCGUGAGGAGAGGGAGAGAGAGGAGCCCCAGGAGGGGGGCAGGGACCGAGACAGACUCUACCGUGUGGCGAGGGAGAGAGAGGAGCCUCAGGAGGGGGGCAGGGACCGAGACAGACUCUACCACGAGGAGAGGGAGAGAGAGGAGCCCCAGGAGGGGGGCAGAGAGAUACCCUACCGCGAGGAGAGAGGCGAGAGGGAGCCUCGUCCAUACAGUGUGGUAGAUCUGACACAGGAUGGGAGGAGUGGAGAGAGAGAACGCCACAGAGAACGAGAGACGGAGCGUGAUGGAGACCGAGAGAGAGAAAGAGAGGUUUUCCUCCACCACCCCUCUGCUUCUCGACCCCCCCAGGGCUCCUCCUCUUCUGGGCGUUACCCAGAGACUGAUGACACACCCACUCGCUCCCCCAACCCUAACCCUAGCCCCCACACACACACAGACAGGCUGAGGAAGACUGAAUCUAUCUACAGCGGUGGACUCCUCCCUGGCCCCGCCUACCCUGCACACCGGGAGCCUAUCAGGGAACAGCGUGUGAGCGCGCCCACUUACGUGCCUUCUGUGGAGGUCUAUGAUGAGCAGAUCGGCCCGAUCCAGAUCGCAUCGCAGGCCAGGGACAAACAGGACAAACUGAGAGAAAGAGAGAGAGAAAGAGAGAGAGAAAGAGAGAGAGAAAGAGAGAGAGAAAGAGAGAGCGAGAGGUUUCCUGAAAAGACACUAUCGGACCGUCGCGCUUCUCUUCCUGGUGAUUUGUCCAAUCAGAGAGAGCGGGAGGAGGGCUCUGUGAUCUGCUCCAACGGUUCGGCGCUGAAACGAGACGGUUACGUCAGCCAAUCAGGGUUCAGCCCGGACCCCAGGGACACGCCAAAACAUGCCAUCCGAUUGGGCUUGGAGCGGGUGGGGGAAGGGCCUAAAUGGAACCCCAUCAGCCCAUUGGUCAACUACGCCACCAGUCAUAUGGCAGCUCUGGCCUCCCAGCACGGACACGCACACUCCGCACAGCAGGCACGCACACACACUCAGCCCUCACACAACAACCAGCCGGAACUCAACACACCCCUUCCAACCCCCACACUCCAACACAGACACACACACACUCAACCCUCACACCAUAACCAACAGGAACUCAACAGACCCCCUUCCAACCCCACACACCCCAACACAGACACACACAUUCCCCCCACCCUCCGGCGCUACAUGGACACCUCAGCCCUGUACCGCCCAGUUGGGGGAAGGAGAGGCAGUGGAGGAGGAGGGUCUGAGGGGGGAGCAGACGGAGGAGAGGUGUCGGCCAUGCAGAGUCUUAUCAAAUACAGUGGGGCCUUCCCACCUGAACGCCAGGGGUCCUCCAGGCAGAACACUGACAACCAAGCCGCGUUCGGAGGGCUGGCGUUCAUGAGGCUGGAGGGAGGAGGAGGAGGAGCGGGGGGGAGGCUGAUGAAGAGAGAGCAGGAGCGUCCCGACAGCUCUCGGUCGUUGGGACGCGGCGAAGGGGCGGGGCCAGGCGAGGGUGGGGGAGAGGUCCGUCACCCUCCUGUUGGGAUAGCUGUGGCAGUGGCCAGACAGAGCAAUACAGACUCCCAGAGACCUCUACAACUGCACGCAGGGGUUAAAGACGAGGAGCGGGGGGACGAGCGAGCCCGUCACCGUGGUGACAGACUGGGGUGCCUGGAGCGUGAGCAGGAGAAGUUGCUCAGAGAGAGUAAGGAGCUGGCAGAGUUCACCCAGAUGCACCCCCCCUUGGUGUCCAGCGCCCUGAACUCUAACCUCAUGACCUCCAACCUCAUGGUGACUGGAGGCUCCGCCCGCUGGCCCCACGACCCCUCCCCCCUGACCUCUCACUCCUGGAUGCCCCGCCAAGGAGCACCGCCCAUCUGGCUGUCGGGAUCCCCCUACGGUUUAGGCCCCUCUCCGCUGCACCAGGCCCUCCUCCCUACCAGCUGGCCAGAGACCCCAGUCAGGACAGCUGAUGGAGGAGAUGUGUUGGAUGGGGUGGCGCCCCCAGUGGCCAGGGGUGUACGGAGCAGGCAGUUCUCUGCAACAUGCCGCUCAGCUGCAGAUGUUGUCACAGCAACAGAUGCUGAGGCAACAUGA